AUGGUGCAGCAACUGAGCAUCAUCAUCAUCAUCAUCAUCAUCAUCAUCAUCAUCAAGGAGGGAAUGGAUACAUCACAGGGCAAGGCCCAGCUCAUCAGCCAAUUGAUCUAUGAGGGCCAGAACAUCACCAUCUCCAACAACAGCGCUAUGAUCAUGAAGCUGCUGGACGUCAUGCACCCUGCCGCUCACAUGGGCGUGGCUUUCAAGAAGAAGAAGUGCUUUUCAUACACUGGUUUCAAGCAGCAGCCCAAGAUCUUGAUCCACAACCCCAAGAUCUUGCUGCUCAACCUUGAGCUCGAGCUGAAGGCCAAUGACAAACGCUGA